GGAGAAUAAAGAGGAAAGAAGAUUAGACUAUAUUGCCUUCCAUCACAGCUGUUGUUUGUGCUGGGAAUCACACGGCGGCCAUGAAGAGGACUGUUGGCACGUUGACCAAGCCGAGUGGCCGGGGAACGCCAGCUGCCCCAUCGGCAAUUAAACCAUCCCCAGCUGCCCGCUCGCUCCGCAGACCCACGCAGCUCCGCGAGACGGGCAGUCAGGCCGGGCCUGAGGUGACGCCGCCGAGCACAGCAAGAUCCCGGGGCCUGGGAACUGUCACUCCACUCAGCGGCACCAAGGCCAAGGGUCCAGGGAUGUUGUCUGGGCCGCGAGCUGCCCCUGCCCGUGUGUCAGGGCGUAGGGAGGGGGUGGGCUGUGGACAGGCAGCUGUGCGGGUCAGCUCGCUGCCAGUGCGGGGGUUGGCGGGACAGAGGCUGGCAGCCCCCCACACCCCCCUAGGACAGAGUAGACGCAUGGCGGCCCCCCCAGCCCGGGGCAGGGGUCUGGGGCCCGGCUCCCCCACUGACCGGGGCCACCCUAACCCCCGUGCCAUCCCCCACCCUAUCACCUCCGCCCCCACGCCUUCCCGCCCCCGACCUGUCACCGACCCCAGCCCUCUUACCCCUGACCCCCCGCCCUCUGACCCCCGCCCUCUCACAUCUGACCCCCAGCCAGUCACCUCUGACCCCCUGCCCUCUGACCCCCGCCUUCUCACAUCUGACCCCCAGCCAGUCACCUCUGACCCCUACCCUCGCACCUCUGACCCAGUCCCUUUCGCCGUCGCACCACCCUCUGACCCCUGCCCUGUCACCACCGACACCCCACCCUCUGAGCCCUGUUCACCCUCUUCUGAUGCCCUGUCCUCCGACCUCACGCCCUCUGACCCGCUGCACUCCGACCUCCCACCCUUCACUCUCCCGCCCUCUGACCUCCUACCCUCCGACCUCCCACCCACUGACCUCAUGCCCUUUGACCUCCCGACCUGGUGCCCCGCCAGUGCUGGAGAGCUGGGCCCUGUGUGUGGGGAGCAGAGCCACGGGCCCCUGGGGAGCGGGUGUUACACGGAGGGCCAGGGGGAGACAGAGGGGAGAGGCUGA